AUUGUUUAUUUUCUAUGGCACACAUCAAUGAUACCUAUGACGAGCGUCAUUUGUUUGACCCACCAACGUCUUUGAUUAGAGGACCUAAUAACACGCUUCAAGUUAUCUUUUUAACUUUGUGUUUAGCUGGACUUCAAUUUACUUGGACUGUAGAAAUGGCCUAUGGCACACCUUAUUUACUUUCUUUGGGUUUAUCAAAAUCAUACAUGUCACUUGUAUGGAUUGCAGGUCCAUUAUCAGGUUUAGUUAUGCAACCAGUGGUGGGUGUUAUUUCUGAUGGGUGUCGAUCAAAAUGGGGUAGACGACGUCCAUUUUUGUUAGGAGGAAGUAUUGUGGUUGUAUUGAGUUUAUUGGUGAUUGGAUGGACAAGGGAAAUCACUUGGUUCUUUACACGACAAGAAGAAGGAGAAGAAGCAUUUAAAACAGUGUCUAUCAUUGUUGCUAUUACUUCGAUCUAUAUUUUGGAUUUCAGUGUGAAUUGCGUACAAGCCUCUUGUAGAGCAUUGAUUGUUGAUUCAUUACCACCUUCUCGACAAGAAGAUGGUACAGCAUGGGCUGGUCGUAUGGUUGGGCUGGGUAAUGUAGCUGGCUAUUUCAUGGGAUAUGCAAACCUUGUCAAAGUGUUUCCUUUCUUUGGCAAUACGCAGCUAAAAGUACUUUGUGUAUUUGCUACGUUUGUUUUACUAGGAUGUGAUGCUGUGACAUGUUAUGCUGUCAAAGAAAAAGUAUUGGAUACCAAUAGAUCCAAAAGCAAUCAGUCUCCUUUUGCUUUGUUUUCAGAUAUAUUUCGUCACAUUUGGCAUCUACCUAAGCCCAUUCAACGCAUAUGUAAUGUUCAGUUUUUUGCUUGGAUUGGAUGGUUUCCAUUUUUGUUCUAUUCUACGACCUGGGUGGCUGAAAUCUAUACAGCAUCCAAUCCAGAUACAGGCAUCGUGCAUGAUUCAGUGGGCCAAGCAACAAGAGCGGGAUCUUUUGCUUUCUUGGUAUACUCACUUGUGUCUCUGUCUUCUUCGUUUGUGUUACCAUUGAUCGUCAUGCCUUCUCGACGGCAUGAUACAGAACCCUAUACAAUACCAUGGUGGGGCGGUAAAGAACUCAGGCUGUCCUGUUUGAACUCUAUCAAGCUCUCGUUUUUGACAUUACCAAGAGCAUGGACUAUCAGUCAGUUUGUUUUCUGUAUCUGUAUGCUAUCGACUUUACUGGUGACCGAUGUGACAGCUGCUGCUGUGGUCAUUGGAUUGUGUGGUAUCAGUUGGGCUAUUUCUAUGUGGGCGCCCUUUUCGUUACUGGGUGAAUACAUUUCAGAACAAGAGUCAAGGGCGUUCAAGGGAGGACAGGAGUCAGCAGAAUUCAACUAUCAUGUCAGUAUGAUGGCUUCAAGAACAAGUUUAGUAGGUAUGGUGGGCACAGAACCCGCCAUCUAUCAUCCUGUCGCUAUAGACGAAGAAGAAGAAGAAGAGAUUGAAAUGUUAGAAGGAAGUACAACGACACAAGAGUCUACGGAUCAUCCACCAGCAGCAGGCGUAUUACUAGGCAUUCAUAACAUGUAUAUUGUGCUGCCUCAAUUCUUGGUGACCUUUUUCAGCAGUAUCUUGUUUCGUAUUUUAGAAAGUAGUGAAGAAUCCGCGGAUGCCAUUGGUGUUAUUUUGCGCAUAGGUGCUGUUAUGGCUGGAAUUGCUGGUUUUAUCAGCUUAAGGAUAGGAAGAGACUGAACUGUGAUGGGAUGAAGCAAACCCAUAGUUCUUUUUUUUUUCUUAAUUUAUUUCCUAAAUUGACUUUUUUGCCAUUAGAAAACAAUUAGAAUGAAACCAACAGACUUGAGGCGAUAAUAAUAAAAGCUAUCCUGAUGAGAAUAAUAAUUUAGAGCUCACCAACAAG